AUGGUUUAUCACAAAGAUGGCAGUUUUACACGCCCAGAUAGCAUUUUUCGAAAUUUCAUUUCCAAGGACCCAAAAUCACGAUUUCCCGCUGAAAAGGGCCGCUACGCCCUCUAUCUCUCCCCUGGUUGCCCAUGGGCACACAGAACUAUGAUAGUCCGGCUUCUGAAAGGACUCGAGUCUAUAAUCGACAUUUAUCAGCUUCAUUUCACUAUGGGCCCUGAGGGAUGGUAUUACAGUGGCGAAGGGGGCUCUCUUGAUGAAGAUCCUCUGCACGGCUUCAAGAAGCUUAAAGAUCUAUACCUCAAAGCCGACCCUAGCUAUACUGGCCGCUACACUGUACCUGUAUUAUGGGAUAAAAAAGCCGACGUUCUAGUCAAUAAUGAAUCGUCAGAGAUUAUCCGCAUGCUCUACUCAGAAUUUGACGACUUGCUGCCCGAGCACCUCCGUGAAGAGAAUCGACCAGGAAAAGGUUUAUAUCCGCCGCAUCUCAGAGUUGAGAUCGAUGCCAUGAAUGACUGGGUGUAUAACACCGUGAAUAACGGGGUAUACAAGGUUGGCUUCUCCAAGUCGCAGAAAGCAUAUGAAGAAAACAUAUACCCCCUAUUCGCAUCCCUCGAUCGCCUUGAGGAGCAUCUCGGCCACGGCAAGCCUUUCCUUUUCGGCGACUCAAUCACCGAGGCCGACAUUCGUCUCUACACCACUAUGGCGCGGUUUGAUGUUGCGUACCAUAGCGUCUUUCAAUGCAACCUCAAAUCGAUCAGACACGACUAUCCCCGGUUGCACGCCUGGCUCCGGCGGCUAUAUUGGGAUCAAAAUGAAGAAGGACCAUUGCGCGCGGCAUUUUAUCGCACAACGGAACCCAACAUUUCGCGGUAUGCCCUGGGUUAUGCGGAUUCAAGGUGGAAGAUAGUGCUGGAGAGCCAAGGACCUCUGAUUGUACCCGCGGGGCCGUUGGUGCUUAUGCAGCCUCUAUGA